AUGCCUAACUCUGACGACGACGAGGGAACUGUAGAAGCCGACCCCGCCUAUCUCGCGCUUUACCACACACAUCUCGACGAUUUUCGCGCCCACCUCGCUGGAAGGGAUGGGUCGGAGCCGCUUCCGGCCUCCUACUUUCCUCCGAAUGCUUGCUGGUCGGCGGCGGAGAAGGAUGCUUUCUUCCGCGGCCUUGCCAUUCACUCCCGCCUUAGGCCUGACCUGAUCGCCGAGGAGGUGAAGACGAAGACCGUGCCCGACGUAUGUGUUUAUCUCGCACUACUCGAAGAGGCUACCCACGAGGCCUCCCGCACGACCGUCUAUGUCGGUGCAGAAACUCGUCCUGUCGAUCCCAGGCUUCCACGCCAAGAGCUUCCGGCCGCCGUCGAAGUCUCCGACAUGUGGCUACAGCUGGAGGAACGUAUGUCGGGUGCACUGGUCGACCCCGACACGCUUCAGCGGGAAGCGGUGGCUAAGGAACGAGAAAAGGAAGUCCACACUCGCCAGGCCUCUAUCCGCGCUCGGAAGGGGCAGGCACGUACGGCCUCCAACGAUCGAGACCGCGAGGGCGAGAGGCAGAGACGGAAGGACUUCAACGCUUGGUUCGCGGAAGCAAAGGCGCAGUGGGAAGCGGAGGACGCGUGGGGCGCUCUCGACCACAGUAGCUUGUCCGCCCUGGACCGAAUGUUACGAGAAGACGAAGAGGGAUACGCUGUAGGAGAACUACCUGAAGAUGCCGAGGACCUUGUAUAUCAGCACGAAGGCCUAGAGACUCUGGAGGCCAAACUACCCAGCUCGCCUACCGGACUGCGAGGAACGCCUCUUGCUCCGGGCGAAGAGCUCAUUGAUCCUAUACUCCUACAGCUAUCUCGUCCGGACACAGCUAUGUCAUAUGCCUCUUCCUCAGAGCCUGCUUCGUAUUCACUGGUCGACCCGGGUAGCCUACCGCCAUCUACACAUCUCCAGCCUUCCACUCCUCCCUUUCCACCAGCCUCGCAUAUCACUGAUCCUGCGCCCCUCCCCGUUCCUCUGCCACCUUCCAUCUUGGACACUUCGGCCGCAUUCUUAGCAGAUGAUGGCUCCAUCGGCGACGCUGCUGAAGAGGAUAUAGCUUCAAUGUCCCCGGUCUCCCGACGUCGUUUUAAGAAACGCCUGUACAUGCGUCGGAAGCGCGCGCAAGCCUCCGGCAGGACAGCUGACGAGAAUACCACCCGAUUGAAGCCCGGUAGGAAGCCGAAAGAACGGCUGCCUCGUAAGACGGAUGCAUCUACCGUUGCAAGCUCCCCGAUGGUCGUCGACAACCAACCCCUACCUGACGAGCCUGAACAGCCUUUCGUGGAGCCGGACGCUUCUCAGUAUCGUCAUCCGCACAUGUCUGGUAGGACGCUUCCAUACAAACGGCAAAUACAAUUCGCGUACAUCGGUAUCGACGCACAGCGACUGUACCAAGAAGGCCUCGGACUCUUCCACUUUCGAACCAUCUCCAAGUUGAUGCAGAUGUACAAUCAACUACACGAUAUCCCAGCAGAGGUUGCGUCGCAGAUCACUGUGGAGACCUUCCAGCUCCUCUAUGCCAUCGUUGCGCAAUUCGUCGCUGAGGUAAUGUCUCGAGCGAUCACUUCGCGAGAGCAGGAGCGUAUUGCCAAGCUUCAGACUAAAGCGUGGCGUCUAAGGGAGAACCAGAACGUUUCCGCGAUCCACGUGAAGCACGCGCUUACGCUCUUCGGCGCUGACUCCCUCGACAAGCGAUCCCACUUCGCAGGCUUACUCAACAAGCUAGGCUUGGACGAAGAGCGCGACAAGCAAGAAGUCUUGGAAGUCAGCGAUGACGAGAGCCCGGAACACGACGAAGUCGAGGAAGAGGAAGCGACCUCUGGCGAUAUCGAGGCAAGCAGAACCCCCCUGGAGCCUCUCUCCGCCUUGCGCAUGAUCUUCCCUCCCUUCUUCAACCCAAAUCCGCCUGCUUCCGGCUCCGGAACCCGCAUUGACGAACAUCCAGACCCGCUGGACCCCUCUGUCUACAUGCCCUGGCCGUCUUCGAGUCUCCUUGCGACUUCCAGCGAGCCUCCGCGCGAAGAGGACCUCCUCCCCGACAACAUCGAUGAAGUCGCGCUCGCUGCCGAGCUACUCGCGGAUGGGGAGAUCGAGAAAGAAGACACCCUGCGCGACACGGAGGAGGAAAACGCAUUGUGGAAGCGUUUCGGCGGAAGGCCGGCGCGCGGCGCUCUGCCUACCGGUGGAGGCGCUGGAGACAUCGAACCGAAGCUUGAGCCUUCCGCGGAGGGAGGCGAGGCGCCGCGGCGUACUAGGAAGCGCAGGGCACCCUCCAAGAGCGUUCGGAUCGUAGAGGACGGCGCAGAUGCCAACAGCGACGCAGACGGGCAAGCCAGUGACACGGCCCAGCGUCGUGUCCGCCCUCGUAAGGGCAAGAGGCAAGGCAAGGGCACCGCGCACCUCAACGAGGACCAACUCCGGUUCAUGGAGCCCGACCCCAAUGGGCACAUCAAGAGCAGCGUAUAUAUACUCGACAGCGACUAGGGGUGCGCUUAUGUGGAUGAGACGUUGCACAAAAGUACAAAAGUAAUAUACAGCUUCUGUCUAUCCCAAUUCUUGGUAUAUGCACUCACAUACUAAGUACGACAUACACAUGG